UCAAAACAAAAAAUAAAAAAAAAAAUCAAUUUUGAAUCUUCAUUAAAUUUCCAAAUACAGACUUAUGAAGUAGUUGAAUCUUUAAUAAUUUAGAAGUAAACGAGUGACAUAAAUAAAUAAUUUAAUGAAGUACAAUGUAUCACGAAGCUAAAAAAUUCGAAAAAAAGAUUACAAAGGAAAUUUUAGUGGACUAUAGGAAACGAGCUGAAAGAAGACAAAGCUUUUAUCAAAAAAUAAAAACAGACCCAACACAGUUUUUGCAAAUUCACGGAAGAAAAUGUAAAAUUCACAUCGAUGCUACUCCAGAAGUUGGAGAUAACAAAACUAUGAUGAAAUGGAAUGAAGUUGUUAUUGAUCGAUUUGACGCAAGAGCACAUUUAGACUAUAUUCCACAGGUCAAAACGGAAAAGAGUGAAGAUGAGGAGAUGUGUAUCGAAGAAAGACAAUUAAAUUAUGAAAGAUAUCGUAUUAUUACACUCAACGAUUUCUUAGGUUUUAAAGAGACGGAAUUUUUGGCCCAACUCGAUGAACUGUAUGACAUAAAUGCGAUGCAAAAUGAUGCCAGAGCAAAGAAAAAGAAACAAAAUAGUAAAACAGGUAUCAGUAUUGGUUACACUUACGAUACAGAGGACUAUGCAACACAAACUUUUACGCAAAGUAUUGCAUCAAUGGAAGGAAAGUCUAGCAAUUCGCGUUAUGAUGAGCUUGCAAAAGAUUCCUCAGAUUCUGAUAUGGACUUUGAUCUUCCCAUAGACAUAAACAAAAUAUCAACUUCGAAUGCAAAUGAAUUGAAUGCAACUGGAAGGCGUUAUGGAAUGCUGUCGAAUGAUUUUUUUUCUUUCAUAACAAACGAUUUUGACGAAUUGCAAGCUCUUAGGGAAUCUCAAAAAGAAGAUUGUGGUAAGAGUAAUCGAACGGGAAGGCGAGAAAGAAGAGAACGUCGAGAAAAAAAGAUGAGACCUAUAAACUCAAGUAUACCAAGUUAUGCAAAGACUGAAUCUGAUCAAAUGGACACAUUUAAACAAGAAGAAGAAUCUUCUGAUUCAAACACAGAUGUUCCGGAAAAAAUCACGUAUAUUACGUCAUUUGGAAAUGAUGAGCCUAAAAUGGAAAAGAAGCCGUUAUAUUCUGAUAAACUAAAAGAAAAUUUAGACAAGUUCAAACAAACGUCAAGAAGAAAAAAAUAUUCAAGACGUUAUUCAUCAUCAUCAUCUUCAUCGUCAUCAACAUCAUCAUCAUCUUCUAGCAGCUCUUCUAGUUCAGAUUAUCGAAGAAGAAAAACUAAGCGAACGAAAACUAAAGAACCUCAAAAUUCACAAAGAGAAAAUUGUAGUCCUCCGAAGAAUCAGACUUUGGAUAUCCCAAUUAAAAGAUAUUAUGGAAGAAACAAAAACAGUAGUGACAGUGACUUAAGCUACGAUUCAUCAAGCAAUCAAAGAGAUGAUAAAUCAAAUGAAAAUCACAAAGGCAAUGCUCAAUCUAGAGGUGGUAAAUCUACAAUGAAUGUCAAAGGAUCGUAUGAAUCAACUGGGGAAACUAAAAUAAAUCAAAAAGAGAGACUUAAACGAAAAAUGCAACAUCUUUUGAAUAAACAAUAUAAGGAGGAUAAGAAAUUAGAGACUCUAAAAAAGCUACAACAAAUUGAGGAACAAAAAGAACGCGAAGUUGAAAUGAAAGAAUUAGCGUUGAAAAUGCGAAAACGUCAAAGAGAAUUACGCCAUCAGUAUUCAUCUAGUGAUGAUGCACAUGUACGUAAAAGUCACAGUAGCGAUCGUUCACAAUCUAAACACAGACGAUCCCGUUCCUCAUCAAAGAGUUCUCAAAGUAGCCGAUCAAAUUACAGUAGGAGAUCUUCACAUUAUUCCAAUAAAUACGACAGACGAAGUCGUUAUCGACGUAGCUCAAAGGAUAGGCACAGCUCGGAUAGAUACAGAAGGGACAGAUCUCGUUACAGGUCAAGAAGCUCCGAUAGAUACUCAAAUAGCAGAAGUAGAAAAUGAUUUUUAAUGAAACCAAUUUUUUGUUUCCUCGAUUUUUUUACUUUCAAUAAAAUAUCUUUCUUAAAUACCUAGCAAA